GACGCAUUGGCGCUGGCAGCAUUGAUCAUUCGAUACAUGAAUUGAUUGUGGUUGGGUUAUUUCGUGAAUUAUUCUAUAUUAUUUCCUGAUAUAUAUUUACGAAAAUGUCGUUGACAAGUUUAUUGCCAACACCCAGUCAAGUUGUUUGGGAUAGGGAAGAUGAAGCUCGUGAACAAAAAUUACGUCAAAGACCAGUCUCUGCCUUGGUUAAAGCUGUUAUUACAGCACCACCUUAUGGACAACGUAAAGGAUGGGUUCCACGCAAUGCAGAGGAUUUUGGAGAUGGUGGUUCCUUUCCAGAAAUUCAUGUCGCUCAAUAUCCUUUGGGAAUGGGAAUGAAAGGGAAAGAAACGACUAGCAAUGCACUUGCAGUUCAAUUAGAUGCACAAGGAAAAGUUAAAUACGAUGUUAUAGCUAGACAGGGUCAUUCUAAAGAUAAAAUAGUUUAUAGUAAACUCAGUGAUUUAUUACCAUCUGAAAUAACAAGCGAGGAAGAUCCUACCUUACAACGUCCAGCUGAUGAGGAAAUCGAUGAGAUUACAGAAAAAACUAAGAAAGCUUUAGAAAAAAUUACUAGAUCAAAAAUUGCCGCUGCAAUGCCUGUCAGAUGUGCGGAAAAACAAGCACCAGCUCAGUAUAUUCGAUAUACUCCUUCUCAGCAAGGACAAUCAUUUAAUUCAGGCGCCAAACAAAGAGUUAUUAGAAUGGUAGAAGCUCAGAUAGAUCCAUUGGAGCCACCAAAAUUCAAAAUUAAUAAAAAAAUUCCACGAGGACCUCCUUCUCCUCCAGCACCUGUCAUGCAUUCUCCAACAAGAAAAGUUACGGUGAAAGAACAGAAGGAAUGGAAAAUACCGCCUUGUAUCAGUAAUUGGAAAAAUGCUAAGGGUUAUACAAUUCCUCUCGAUAAACGUCUCGCUGCAGAUGGUCGUGGACUGCAACAAGUUCAUUUGAAUGAAAAUUUUGCGAAAUUGGCAGAGGCAUUGUAUAUUGCUGAUAGGAAAGCUCGUGAAGCAGUUGAAAUGAGAGCUCAGUUAGAGAAAAAGUUAGCGCAGAAGGAAAAAGAGAAGAAGGAGGAUCAUUUGAGACAGCUAGCACAAAAGGCUAGAGAAGAACGUGCUGGAUUGAAGUCCAGUGCGGCAUUAGAUAAAGCCGAAGAAUCACGUGAAAGGGAUCAGCUAAGACAAGAACGACAUAAGGAUCGUGCAAGAGAUCGAAAUUUGGCACGUGCUGCACCAGACAAAAGAUCUCGUUUACAACGAGAACGUGAACGUGAUAUCAGUGAACAAAUUGCACUUGGUUUACCAGCGAAAAGCAUUCCUACUUCUGGAGAAGCACAAUUUGAUCAACGUUUGUUUAAUACUAGUAAAGGAAUGGACAGUGGUUAUGGUCACGAUGAUGAGUACAAUGUUUAUGAUAAACCAUGGAAAGAUGCAAACUCUAUUGCCUCUCAUAUCUAUCGGCCAAGUAAAAAUAUUGAUAAAGAUAAUUAUGGAGAUGAUUUGGAGAAACUUGUUAAAACAAAUAGAUUUGUACCGGAUAAAGAGUUCAGUGGUACUGAUAGAUCAACUACACGAUCUGGACCAGUACAAUUUGAAAAAGAUGAGGAAGAUCCUUUCGGUUUGGAUCAAUUCUUGAAACAAGCUAAACAUGCUACUAGUUCAACAAGUACAACAACAAAACGUAAAGAGGAUCGAGAUCAACGUCGUGACGAUCGUGAUAAACGUAGGAAACAUUAAUUUUUCUUUUUAUUUUGGAUUAUAUAAUCAUAUAUUGAUAAUAUACAUUAUUGCCUGUGUAUAUACCAUAUAUGUUAUAUACCAUUCAGACAGUUUGGAAUGCGUCCGAUGGUAGACAUUGUUAUAAUUAAAGCAAUAGAUAAGUGAAAUAUUUCAUAUUAAGUAUUUUAAUAUGUUUAUAAUUAAGUAUAUAAAAAAAAAAUAUAUAUAUAUAUAUAUAAAAAAAAUUUUAAAU